CUUAAAGCUCUCUUUGGUUGGGUGAUCCAAUUUCUCCCCAUUCAUUUAAAUUGAAGUGGCCCAUCUCUGCUAAAUAACCUCUGGAACAGCACAGCUGUCAUAAGCGUGCUGUAGUACACUGUACAAACUCAUAGUUGCCUGCUGAUCUCUUUUGUUCGCCAGCAUGGCUCGUGGACACCAGAAACUUCAGUCUCAGCAGAAAAACGCCAAGAAGCAGGCAGAGAUCAAGAAAUCCAAAUGCCAUGACCAGAAAACGGCAGCAAAAGCGGCGCUUGUGUUCACAUGUGGCGUCUGCAGGUCACAAAUGCCAGAUCCUAAAACCUUCAAGCAACAUUUUGAGAGCAAACAUCCCAAGAGUCCCCUUCCCCCAGAGCUGGUGGGCGUGGAGGCAUGAACAUACUUGAGACCUGAAGUUGACUGUAUAAAACUUCAUGAUAAGAGUCCUGAUCUCAGGUUUUGUUCAUCAGGAUAUGAUCAGCACCCUUACCUGUGUUUUAUACAUACAACCUCCCCUUCACUGCAGAUGUGAAUCUUGUGGAUCAAAGACUGAUGACGUUUUGCUUCCUCUCUCAACACUGUUUCAGAGCACUUGCCUUGGCUACGAUCAGAUGGUUUCAUUUGUCAUCAUCGUACUGGUGUCAUUUAAAGGAUAAAGAUUCAUUUGUAGAACACGACCAGUAAGUCAAUUUCUUAAAUUGUUCAAGGAUAAUAUAAAUGUUGAAGGCAUUGACAUAUUAGUUAUGCUUUUUGCUUGUUAGAUAAGUGAGUUAAGUGUACAGUAAAUGGAGCUGGGCCAGUUUCCUGCUACUUAAUGAUAAGUCUGGGCAAAAACGUUCAUUUAGAUUUUACUUAAAUUUUCUCAUUUACUAACUUUACGUCCCACAUGAAAACACUUAGUUCUUUAUUCUGUAUGUUUCAAACUGGAAUCUACUGUUUCUCUGAAAUCACUGGAUGUGCCAAGGUAACUGUUUUUAGUUUAAUGAUGCUGCAGGAAGUUUUAUUUCUCCCUGGAAUUUUCAAAGACAAUAUAAUGCCUCAAUGUUUGAUAUUCCUGCUCAAUCCACCUGGUUUCCACACCAAUGUAAUACAUCUUUUUAAUAAAA